CACGCUGCUUCGUCGUCAAGAUGUUUCCCAAAGGUGGACCAAGGGAUGAUCCUACACGCUUGCAGUCAGGAUUACGGGGGAAUGUGACGAGCUUUCCUAUGAACACAGAAGAUAUCCUCAGUAUGCUUCAAGGGCAGAAAUUGCCCCGUCCUGUGGAGAUCCUCGCCUCUGUCAUAUCAGUAACUUAUGUUGGUGUCGGCAAUGUGCCGCAGCAUAUGCUCAAAUCGACAUUUCGUAUUCGGAGAAAGGCAGUAUUGGCUGCACUUCAAUGGCUGAUGAAGCAUAAUAAAUGCUUCUCAGAAUAUACGAUGGACAAGGCUGUGUUGAACUCCCUGCCAGAAGAUGACGUACCUUUGGAGAUAAAGGCCGCCAUUCGUCAAGAAACAGAAAUAAGUGCUCUCCUCAAAGAGCAUGACUCAUACGUACCUGGAAAUGGUGUGUUCCUGCCUGCAUUCAAGCACUCUAAACUUACCUUCUUGCAAUGAUAGACAUUGAUGACGGUGACGAAUCAUGUAGCG